AUGCUCCCUCUGAUUCUCGCCGGCAUGCUUGGCCUCCUGCCUUUCCUAUACAACCGCAUGCCAGCCAAUCUUCAGCGUUGGAUGACUCACAAUCCGUUCAGCCUCUCCUCUAACCCUACAGCAAACCACCAGGAUACCGCCCUCCAGUCCGAGCCGUUGUACUUCCAUAUCGACCCCGGCAAAAUCCCUGACGUCGACAUCUCGGUCGACGGGAAGGUUCUCCCCCCGCUUCUCUUUCCCAUCGUAUCCGGCCCUCACUGCCUUGCUGAAUCGGAUAUCGCCCCUCAACCCGUGUGCUACGCAGUGGUAGAUGACCCCGAAUUCUUUGACAUGACACGGUACCGCUCGGAUGACCCCUUCGUGCAAUCCUGGGAUCAACUCCGGGCGAGCCUAACUUACCUCGCCGGCACCCGCAUGGCUGCCACCCUCGGCGUCUGCUUCGUCCUGGCAAUCUUUAUCCCUUUCGUGCCGGACAUGGUCUAUCACCUAUCGAGCAUGGCUUACACUAUCGCAUCCGCGGGCUUUAUCUUCGGCUAUACCGCUGCAUGCCAUGCUGUUGGCCUAGCUUCUGUCCUCCUAUACAUUCUCGACGGAGUUGGCUGGGUGCUUAACCGCGUCUCUAGUGGGAACGACCAGAAAGCGGACGACGAGGAAGCUCUGCACGCCAACAUCGACGGACCACUCGUCUCUUCGACGAGUGCCGGUGUUUCUGGACUGGCGCUUACGAGUUCAACGCUCCCUCAGUCGGCUUCGCUGCCUCAACAUGCGAGUGCUGCCGGAUCGAAUUCCUUGACGGGCACGUCCGAAGAGAAUCCCGACACUUCCGCGUCAUCUCUUGAGGUCGAACCAUCCUCGCCUCAGAGCAUCCCCGAGGAACUCUCUCUGGAUGCAUCUACUCGGCUAUCUCCGCCCACCUCCUCAACGCCGUUCUCCGCAGCAGUACCUUCUCAAUCUGAAGCAGCGGCACUCAGUCCCGCAACUAUUGGAGGACUAUCGCUCCAAGCACUAUAUACUUGUUCAAAGCAGUAUCAAGCACAGAUCACCGCGGCCCUUCCUACUCCGGACUCUGAAGUAGACGUGGACUUGGCUCCUGGCUCAGUCACCUCUGCGGAUGUCGACACCCGCCGCGUACGCUUCAACUCGGACAGCAUCACUUUGAAGAGUUCGCAAAGUCUGUCUGGGCAAGAGGAACCUUCCCCCGACACCUACAGUCGCUCGCGCUCUGAUGCUGCUGUGCUGGAACGCUCUCUUUCUCUCAAGGAGGCGGAAGUUGAGCGUCUGGAACGUGGCGCUCUCGCUCCUGUAUCUCCGCUCGGAUUCAACCUACGCGCUUCGAACGCCAAGGAAGUGACUCCUUCUCCGUCGCCGCCCUCAUUCGCUAAGUAUGAGCUUCCCGCGGUGCGCCUGGCCCGCAUGCGCACCCAGUCCGAGUCUCCGGCGUCGCUCGCAAGCCCGAAGACUCCUGUCGACAGUGCUCUUAGCAAUGGCCCACGCGUUCAAGGGGACAGUCUUGUCGACACUCCUGGUCCCAGCAUCGCGGAUUCCGCUGCGAACUGGCGCACCCGCCGCAGUCGCGGAGCGACAUUCAGCGUCUUGAAGCAGGACGACACCGGCAGCCCGCUGUACCCCAAGAGCGCCCUACGCAAGGUGGAGUUCGCGCCAUCCUCGCCAUCGACGCCCGCCUCCGAAACAGCUGUAUCUUCGGUGCCGACCUCGACGCCGAUUCGCAUGCCGCUCGGUCCAGCCGGCUCACCAUUCAGGAAGCGGCGCGGCGCGGCUACCGCUGUCAAGACGGACACGAUCGAGGCGCCCGAUUGGGUGAAAGUCGCUUCCGCCCCGAAGCGGGCGCGCAUGCGCACUCGUACGAGCUCUCGUAACGAGAAGGAGAACCAGCCGUCGCUGUGGAAUGUGGUGAACCGUACGCCUCGCCCGAGGCUUCCGUCGUCAGGACCGUCUUUCCUCAACAUGUAG